UUUGAAACUUACAAAGUCAUUGACUUGGAUUGCCUUAUAUUGCUUGUUUAAGAACUGUCAUUUAUUAAAAUAGAUUCACUCUUCUGUGAACUGAACCUACUUUCAAGUGGAGGACAUCUCGCUGUAGGAAACUAUCCCAGAAUACUCCAGAAAUUCACUACAUUUCUGACUGGUGCUUGUCUGCAUCUCCCAAUCUCAUUUUAUAUUAUCAUAUCCAGGUGAAAUGGCUACAGUACUGUUAUUAUAUCUCUUCAUAAGUUUGCAAGUGAUCAAUCAAUACUUUGGCUGUCCUGAAGAAUGUGAUUGCUCCACGAUUAAAGCUACCUGUGGAAAACAAAGAGGAAAGAUACUCACAAAAGUACCUGGGCCUUUACCAGCAAAUGUAUCGUCACUGUUCUUGGUAAACACACAGAUUGCCAAGCUAGAAGACAACAGUUUUACAGGGCAAAAAGCUUUGAAGCAACUUGUGUUGAAUGGCAGCCUCCUGACAGAAGUUUCGGAAGGAGCUUUCAAACACCUACACAAUCUUAAAUCACUAAUGGUGGCAAACAGUUUACUGGAGGUAUUGCCUCUUGGAGUUCUGGACACAUUGGUUAAUCUUAAACAACUUUAUUUAAUUAAGAGUAAUCUGGCCAAAGUAGAUCCGGAUCUAUUUGAUUAUCUUAAAAACCUAGAAGAACUUUAUUUAUAUCGAAAUAAAUUAGAAGCUCUUCCCAAUGGCAUUUUUGACAAUCUUGGGUGUCUUACUAAAUUGCAUUUAGGGGGGAACCAAAUUAGUGUUCUUCCAGCAAACAUAUUUGACAAACUAAGAAAUCUUCAAAUUCUCAGACUAUAUGAAAAUCAACUUAAUUACAUUCCUUCAGGUCUCUUUGAUAAACUAUUAAAUCUCACUGAACUUUUACUUCAGUUUAAUUAUAUUGGAAAUCUUUCUAGUGAUACCUUUUCUCAAUUGCAGAAUCUGAACAAAUUAAUUAUCGCCAAAAAUAGAAUAGUUGAAGUGCAACCAACAAUUUUUCAUAACUUGCUCAAUCUUCGUCUAUUAUCAAUGUAUUCUAAUAAAUUGGUGCAACUUCCAGACAGCAUAUUUGGUAAGAUGAAGAAAUUGGAGAAAUUGUAUUUACAUGAUAAUCAGCUCAUCACUCUUCCAGAUAAUAUAUUUUGCAAUUUGACUAACUUAAAAUUAUUGUCCUUGAACCAAAACAAACUUGCCAACCUUUCAAUGCAUACAUUUAAUGGCAUUAAUGACCUUCAAGAGCUUUACCUCCAUAACAACCAGCUUACUUUUUUAAGUGACAAUGUAUUUAGUAACUUUCAGAAACUGAAAUGCCUCUCACUCUCUUCUAACAAACUGUACUGUCUUUCUGGAAACAUUUUUAACAACCUGAAUCAGCUGACCACCAUUCUGUUAGAUAAUAACAGGUUGCAAAAUAUCCCACAAGGACUGUUUGAUUUCUUACCAAAUAUAGAGAAAGUUCGCUUGUACGAUAAUAUUUGGAACUGUGACUGUUGGAUUUUUUAUUUGAAAAAUUGGAUUUUGGAAAACAAAAAUAAGGUUGCUAAGCUCAAUGAAUUAAGAUGUAAAACUCCGGUGGAUUUCUAUAAUCAGCUUAUUCUAACAUUGAGUGAAAGCCAGUUGAGCUGCAAUUUUUCACUGACAAAUGUUACAUCAAAACUGGAUGUUUACCUUCAAACAAGCAUGACCUCAACAAAACAGCAUAGUUCUAUGCGCACUGUACAAUCAAAAUCAUUGCAAACAGGAGCUGUGACAUUGGCAUCCAUUCAGAAAGCUACAGAUUCUACCAAACCCACCAGGGAAGAUAGCUCUAUAAAGACAAUGAGCUUUACCGCAGCACAUGAUCUUUCUUCAGCUGUGGUAAUUAACAGCAACUCAACAAAAAUAACAAUAUUCCAUAUUGAGAAAAUGAAGAAGAUCAAGAAUCUGGGAUCUGCAAGAAUCCCUUGUAAAAUAAUUUUGCUUUUGUAUAUUGUUCUGGGUGCUAUACAAUUAUGCUUUAUACUUAUAACUUUAUAUGUUGUGUUUGCUGUUAGAAAAAUGCUGUUUUAUCAGAUUAGCACAUUCACUGUACCUGUUGUUCUUUUGAGGCUUUCAGAAAGUUUCCCAAAUGCCACAGGACAGAAUUACUUAGGUGUGAAUGAGGCAUAACUUAUGACAGGUUUGGAUGAAGAAUUUGUACAAUAGGCCUUCACUCAUGUAUGGCAGAUGAUGGACACACAAAAGCCCUUUCUUAACAGAACUAUUACUACAUAAUUUGAAAAGCAAUACAAUUUCAUGUUUUAGAUGUUGGAAAUUGACUUUCUAAAUGUUGUUAACAUAAAAAUGUAGGUGUCUGCAGUUGUUACAUUUGUCAUUGUAAGUGUAAGUAAUUUAAAUGAGCAGAUAUGAGGUAAUUAUUGCUUUUGUUAUUGGUAUUUCCAAAUAUUCUUCUACAGCCAUUCAUUCGACAAGCAUUUUUUUGCCCACUUGCAAUGUCCUGAAAUGUUUUGUGACAUUGAUUUUAGAAUGACCUAUUCUGAGAAAUUGGGAAGCAUUUUCUAUUGGUAGGGAAGAACGAUAAAGCUAGACAGGAAGGAUGCCUCAGAGCGAUCAUAGAAUGGUUGCAAAAUGGAAGGAGGCCAUUUAUCCAGUUGCGUUGUUCAGGAUCUCUUCAAGAGAACUGCAGCUAGUAACAUUUCCUGCAUUUUGUCAUGGCCUGAAAAGUAUUUUCCGUUCAGUAUUUAUCAUAUUCACUUUGAAAACCGCAAGUGAAUCUGUAACGAGUGCAUUAAGCAGCUUGCUGUCAUGUCACAGAUAUUUUAUGACUUUGAAAUUGUGCAGUUUAGUUCUUAGCCUUUCUGCCAGUGAAAAACAGUAUUUUUUUACUUCUUCUGUUGAGACCCCUGGAUUUUGAAUAUCCCUAUCUAAUAUCCUCUCAACCGUUUGUCACCAACCCUCACCAACUUUUCCAAUUUACCUAAUCAACUGCAGAUCCUAUCACUGGAUCCAAACUCAUUGUUCUUUUCUCAGAGACCAGUUACAGAUUUAGAUAAGGAGAAAAUUUAAAAAGGCACUU